AUGAGUCUGGUCAAGGACACCUUCAAGUAUGGCGGUACCUCCGCGGAGCAAGUCUUGAAUAGGUACUUUGCCACAGCCCACAACUGGAUGCCCAUUAUAGACGAACCAAAAUUCAGGUUCAAUCUCCGAAUCAUUCGCGAGCAUGCGGAACUUUACUAUGAUUUCCCGGCGUUGCUACUGCUGUGCAUGCUCCUGAUGAAUCAACAACCCUGUUGCCACCCUCAUCACACCCCCAACAGCGCGCUCUAUCGGACUACAAGGCGGCUGUUCGCUCUCCUUCACACGCCUACCAUUGACACAUAUUCAUUCGCAAAGCUGCAAGCAGGCCUGCUACUGUGUGCGUAUGAGUGUGGGCACGGGAUGGCCAGAGAGGCUAGCUCAACAUUGGCAUCGUGUUUUGGCCUCAUCAGGCAGCUGGACAUGUCCGCCGUGCAGAACAAAGCCGCGAAUAGGCACUAUGACGACGUCCAGGAGCCCGCAAGGAGGCUAUGCUGGGCCAGCAUCGUCUUUUUAGAUCGAUCCAUCGUCCUUUCGUGUGCAGACAAUUCAGCUGCGCUUCUUAUUCCGACCAGUGGAAUCUUACCUCAAGAUGCUGUUCCCUACAUGAAUAAAGACAAGUACGCUCUUAUGAACACAGGUACCAAGUUCCGGACAAGGGCCUACUCAGCACUCUUAAUCGGCGAGGCUAUAAAAGCCGUCCACGGCGAUCCAGAAUCUACGGAGUGCAUAGAAGCAGAGAAGCUACUCCACGAUCUCGUCAGGCAGCAUGCGGCAACCUCCCAAGGGGAGUCGUAUCCCGUCUGCGAAGGCGUAACCAUGGCUCUGAGCGCCGUCGUAUCAGCCUAUAGGAGUAGGGCAAACCGCCUUGGGUCUGCUGCUGCCCCCGAUGCAAAGCUGAACCUCGACCUCACAUUCGCCUAUAACAUAGUGUUCGAAAUGUGCCGAGUUGAAGGUCUCAUCAUGUGGAAAAGGGAUACAUCCCUCAACAGAAUGUGCUUUUCUGGACUGGGGUGCCUCUACCGCGCAGCAGUAGACCUGGUCGAGGUCUACCCCAAGGGGGCCGCGGCCGAAGACGUCAAACAGCUUCGGGAAAACCUAGAGUGGUUUUCGGGCCAUUGGAAGGCGGCGGAUGUAUUGCUACAGCGGCUGAAUCGGAACGUCGAGCUCAGGUCCAAGCAGGUCUUUCCUGGUUUUUGGUAG